AUGGGUGGGAUAAAUAAAGACGAUGUUGAGAAAUACUUAGAGAACAAUCCCCAGUUUGCCAAGGAGUAUUUUGACCGAAAGCUGAGGGCAGAAGCGCUGGGAACCAUCUUCAAAGUCAGCCCUGGGGAAGUGAAGGAUGGAGUUUCCUUCAAGGAGAUGUCCCGCCUGGAGGAGUCUCAUGUGCUCUUUGAGUUGCUGACAGAAAUCCAGGAGGAAGAAAGCAGCAUGGAGAAGAUAGUGCACAAGGCCCUGCAGAGGCUGGCACAGCUGGUGGCAGCUGACCGGUGUAGCAUGUUCAUCUGCCGUGCCCGCAAUGGCAUCCUUGAGGUUGCCACCAGGCUUUUCAAUGUCACCGCCACCUCCAAGUUUGAGGAGAACCUGGUAGCCCCAGACAGUGAGAUUGUUUUUCCUCUGGACUUUGGGAUAGUGGGAUGGGUUGCUCAUACCAAGAAGUUUUUUAAUGUACCUGACGUGAAAAAGAAUAACCAUUUUUCUGACUUUGUGGACAAGCAAACUGGUUACACAACUAACAGCAUGCUGGCAACCCCUAUUAUGCAGGGAAAGGAGGUGCUUGCUGUUGUGAUGGCACUUAACAAAAUAAAUGCCCCUGAAUUCUCUAAAGAGGAUGAAGAGGUCUUUAAGAAAUACCUCAAUUUUGUUUCUAUUGCCAUAAAACAAUACCAUAUCACAUAUCUCUACAAUAUUGAAACCCGAAGAAGUCAGAUGCUUUUAUGGUCUGCCAACAAAGUAUUUGAAGAACUGACAGAUAUUGAGCGACAGUUUCACAAAGCACUGUACACUAUUCGAAUGUAUUUGAACUGUGAAAGAUACUCUGUCGGUCUGCUGGAUAUGACCAAAGAGAAGGAGUUCUAUGAUGAAUGGCCAAUCAAGCUGGGAGAAGCAGAGCCUUAUAAAGGACCAAAAACACCCGAUGGCAGAGAAGUCAUCUUUUAUAAGAUUAUUGAUUAUAUUUUACAUGGAAAAGAAGAAAUCAAAGUCAUUCCGUCACCUCCUGCAGAUCACUGGUGUCUUGUUAGUGGGUUGCCAACGUAUGUUGCUGAAAAUGGAUUUAUUUGUAACAUGAUGAAUGCACCAGCAGAUGAAUAUUUUUCGUUUCAGAAAGGGCCUGUGGAUGAGACAGGCUGGGUUAUCAAAAAUGUCCUGUCUUUGCCUAUUGUCAACAAAAAAGAAGAAAUUGUGGGAGUAGCUACAUUUUACAACAGAAAAGAUGGAAAACCCUUUGAUGAAUUUGAUGAACAAAUCACUGAAAGUCUUACACAAUUCCUUGGAUGGUCUGUUUUAAAUACUGACACCUAUGACAAAAUGAAUAAGCUCGAAAACAGGAAAGACAUUGCUCAGGAAAUGCUCAUGUACCAGACAAAGGCCACCCCUGAAGAAAUUCAGUCCAUAUUGAAAUACAAAGAGAAAUUAAAUGUAACCAGUACUGAAGACUGUGAUGAGAAAGCCCUCCUCAAGAUUUUGAGAGAGGAAUUACCUGAUCCAAAGGAAGUGGAACUUUAUGAAUUCCGCUUCAGUGACUUUCCCGUUACAGAGCAUGGCUUGAUUAAGUGCGGAAUACGAUUAUUCUUUGAGAUAAAUGUGGUUGAAAAGUUCAAAGUCCCAGCAGAGGUACUCACAAGAUGGAUGUACACAGUCAGAAAGGGUUAUCGGGAUAUAACUUACCAUAACUGGCGUCAUGGAUUCAACGUGGGACAGACCAUGUUCACCUUACUAAUGACAGGUAGACUAAAGAAAUACUUUACCGAUCUAGAAGCCUUUGCCAUGGUUGCAGCUGCUUUCUGCCAUGACAUUGAUCACAGAGGGACCAAUAAUUUGUAUCAAAUGAAGUCAGCGUCUCCAUUAGCAAAACUUCAUGGAUCUUCCAUUUUAGAAAGACAUCAUCUAGAGUACAGUAAAACUUUGCUACAAGACGAGAGUUUAAACAUCUUCCAGAACCUAAAUAAGCACCAGUUUGAAACCGUUUUACAUUUAUUUGAAGUUGCAAUAAUAGCAACUGACUUGGCUUUGUAUUUCAAGAAAAGGACUAUGUUUCAAAAGAUUGUGGAUGCAGUUGAAAAAAUGCAAACAGAAGAGGAGGCAAUUAAAUAUAUAUCUAUCGACCCAACCAAAAAAGAAGUUAUCAUGGCUAUGAUGAUGACUGGUUGUGACCUGUCAGCUAUAACCAAGCCGUGGGAGGUGCAAAGUCAGGUUGCCCUUAUGGUUGCAAAUGAAUUUUGGGAACAAGGUGAUCUGGAGCGAACUGUGCUAGAGCAACAGCCAAUUCCUAUGAUGGACAGAAACAAAGCAGAUGAAUUGCCUAAGCUUCAAGUUGGUUUCAUUGAUUUUGUGUGUACAUUUGUAUACAAGGAAUUCUCAAGGUUUCACAAGGAAAUUACACCAAUGUUGGAUGGUCUUCAAAACAACAGGGUGGAAUGGAAAACACAGGCUGAUGAAUAUGAAGAAAAGAUGAAAAUUAUUGAGGAAGAAAAGAAAAAGCUGGAAGAAGCAGCAGCCAAAAAAGCUGAACAAGACGCAGCGAAAGGUGGAGGAGGUGGCGGAGAUGACAAUGGCAAAUCCAAAACAUGUAUAAUUUUGUAA